GAUAAGAAACAAGGAAAGUAGUUCAGGUUCAUCAUAAUGAUCAUCAAAUAUGACAUUUAAUGUAUUUAAAAGUGUGAAACUCAAAAUGAGCUAAAAUACCUUCUGAGUUAUGUCAUUGGAAUUUCUGGGUUUUUCAUUUAUUUGCUGCACCCUUGAGCUGUCGGCUGCUGUCAACAACAACCUGAUUAAAAAUGAAUUCAGAUUGGUUUCUUGCAUGCUUAAUCAGCCAGGUGGAGAUGGAUUUAACCAGUGGAUUAUUCUGUGUCUGGGACUCUUGAAUGCAGUUCUGUUGAUAGUUGCUGUUGUUCUUGGGAUUAACUGCGCCAAAGUCAAAGAGGACUCCUUGCACAUUUCCAACCCAGCUGUAACACAGCUCUUCAAUGAGCUCGACUAUCUCCGAAGCAACCACAGCGAUGUGAUCGAAGCUGAAGAGGAGGCCAAGAAGGCGUUAGAGAGCGCGAUCAACAACCACAAAGAAGUAAAGGUGAAAAUUGAGCAGCUGAAGACUGUCAAUGAUGGUUAUCAGAAACAGAUGCAAGCACUGCAAAUGGAGAAGGCAAACCUGAAGUCCAAUAUAUCAGCUUUAGAGGGAUCUUGUGGCGGAUGCCUCCCUGGUUGGGCUCUUUUCAACUCGUCCUGUUAUUUCUUCUCCUACACCGAGUCCUCUACUGUCAAAAAGAACUGGCAUCAGAGCAGAGAGGACUGUGGUAGUCGUGGCUCUGACCUGGUUGUGAUCGAUGACCAGGAAGAACAGAAAUUUGUCAGUAGCAACAUCCAAAAUAUGAAAACCAGUCGUCAGUGGUGGGAGAACGGAUUCUGGAUCGGUAUCACUGACAUAGAGACUGAGGACAGAUGGGUUUGGAUUAAUAAUGUCACAGAGGUCGAGCAACGGUACUGGAUGGAUGGCGAACCCAAUAAUGACGGAAUCAAUGGAGAGGAUUGUGGGGUUGCAGUUGCCUCCAUCUCUAAUCCCUGGAAGACUCGUUUUGAUGGAAAAUGCCAACUGCAUAACUUACACUGGAUAUGUGAAACGCCAUUAACCUCCUAGGACCUGGCGUCCACAGGCCACAAAAUGCAUGCCAUGAAAGAGUUCAGGUCUUAGGAGGUUAAGAUAAACUCUAUUCAAUGUUGAUAUACUGCUCAAGCAAUUAUUUCAGAUGUUAAUACCUUGAAUGAUCCUGACUGUACUAUAGCAGUGCUAUGUCCUCUAGUCUUGCAGAAUAUAUUACAGUGCAGUUUUGAAUAUUAAUAAAUACAUUCAAGACUUGUGUUUGGAUUUUUAAAAUGAA